AUGUCCAUGGGUCCACUACCCCAAAAGUCGCUUGCUGAGGCAUUGGCAAAUGCGUUAAAAUCUCGAGAGGCAAAAUCUGCACGUCGUAGGCUGACUAUCUUGCCUCAGGAAACAGUCGACUUUUCUUCUAAUGACUUUCUUUCUCUUUCUACCGCGUCUAUCUACCGGAAUCGGCUGCUGGCUCAUUUAAACAAGGCCCCAGAGUCCUUCCCAUUCUCAAGUGGCGGAUCACGGCUCCUGGAUGGUAAUUCGGCUUAUGCCGAGGAACUAGAACAAUUUGUGGCAGAGUUCCACCAUGCCCCCACUGCACUGUUGUUCAACUCGGGCUUUGAUGCAAAUAUUGGUGUCUUGUCAAGUAUUCCACAGCCAGGUGAUCUGGUUGUGUACGACGAGUAUAUUCAUGCUAGUAUACACGAAGGCAUACGUUUAUCCCGAGCAGGCAGACAGGCGAUGUUCUCACAUAGCUCUCCAAUUGACCUACGUAAAGUCCUGGAGAGCUCCAUUCAAAAUGAUAAGAAUAUUCAAGAUGGAACCCGGAACAUCUUUAUUGUGAUCGAGUCCAUUUACAGUAUGGAUGGCGAUAUUGCCCCAAUUAAGGAAUUCCUUGACAUUGUGGAUGAACUUUUGCCAUGUGGAAAUGGUUAUUUUAUUGUCGACGAGGCCCAUGCAACCGGUGUUUUUGGCCCAAGAGGUGCUGGUAUUGUGCAGGAGCUAGGAGUCCAAGAGCGCAUAUUCAUUCGGGUCCACACUUUUGGCAAGGCCUUAGCCAGCCAUGGUGCUGUGGUACUUUGUGGGCCAGAAGUGAGGGAAUAUCUGAUAAACUAUGCUCGCAGCUUGAUAUACACUACCGCCCUUGGAUUUCCAUUUUUAGCAGCCAUUAGAACUGCUUAUGAACUGUUAUCUUCGGGCGAGACUGAGUUACUACAAUGCCGCUUGCAAAGUUUGGUUACCUAUCUUCAUACUCGCCUCGCUUCUCUUCAGAUUCAUCCAUCUGUCAUGUUCGAAGUGGAUCAUUUCCCGGAAUCUGCUAUAUUUGCCCUCCGAACAUUUCAACCUCGGGAGCUGGCGAGCUUCUGCCAAAAAAUGGGGAUUGUUGUUCGUGCUAUUAUGGCUCCCACAGUUCCGAAAGGAAAAGAAAGGGUCCGGGUAUGUCUGCAUGCCGGCAAUACAGAAGAGGAGAUUGACAGCUUGGCAAGGGCAGUUCAGCACUGGUUAGACACAGUCUCCUCUAAAAGGGAUGCUCAUUUGUGA